UCGCCGCGACCCCGCACAGGCCUGGGCCCGGCCCCUCCUCGCCCCGAGACCCCCUGGAGCCCCCCCGAGGGUCCCCCAGCCCCGGGGAUCACUGUGGUACUCCAGCCCCCCGCCCCCCGUGGGGCUGUCCCGCCCUCCUCGGCCCACAGGCCUCGUCGCGGCCCACAGGCCUUGUCAAGCUCCACAGGCCCUCGCCCACAGGCCCCGUCCCGCCGCCUCAGCGACAUGGCCCACCUCCUGGGCCACCGCGGCUGCAUGGAGAGCCUGCAGGCCGACCUGAAGGACCUGCAGGCAGCCAUCACCGACGUCUCCUCCCGGGUCGGGCCGGUGCGUUUCCCCUCCUGGAAGUUCCCCGAUAAAGUGUCCUGCGAGCUGGACCUGGCAGCGCUGCUGGAGAGGUACAGCUACACUGAGGACAACCCCGAAUUCACCCAGCACUCCCAUGUGGUGCUGCUGGAGCUGGUGAUCGACAGGCUGCUGCUGCUGCUUCAGAGCUUCACUGGCUACGCAGAAAACCUGCUCAGCGAUCGAGCCGUGCCCCCGGCGCAGGCAGUGGGACCCUGCAUGUCCGCGGGGCUGACGGCGAGGAGGUACUGGUGCAGCAUGCUGAAACUCGGGGCUUUCUACCAGCAGCUCCUGGCCGAGAAGAAGGCUUGCCGGAGGGAGAACCCCACGCUGCAACUCACCCCAAAGGCUGAGAAGCUGAAGGAGAGCCUGAAACGCUGCUCACCUGCUGCUUUGGAGUUAAGAACUUCCCCGGAAGUUGCCUCAUCUGCCUCUCCGUGCCCAGCAUCAGGUGUCCGUGUGGCAGAUGGCAAUGCCCUGUGUCACUCCCUGCCCAGGGCUGCCUGCAGCACGGCCAAGAGCAGCCGCAGCGUCCCCACACAGACAACUGACUCGUCUCUGGGACCCUGUGCCACCUGUGCCAGCGCCCAGGCCAGCCUCCACGAGGUUGGCAAAACCAUCACCGACAUCUGCCAGAGCCAGAACAUCCCCUCGGCUCUGAGCAAGUUCCAGGAGAUGGUGGAGGAGCCCACAGGGAGAAGGACUCUCUCUGCAACAGACAUGAACUACUGGGCCUCAGAGCAGAGCAAGGACCUCUCCCGGAUCAGCAAACACCUCCAGCUGCUGCUGCAGCAGGUCAACCCUCUGAAGUCACAGCUGGAAGAGUCGGAGAAACAGAAGGACAAGCUGCGAAAACAGAUUGAGGACUUUUCCCAGUUGCUUCAGGCAGAGAAGGAGACCCAAGCACAGCAGAGGAAGGCGGCUGAGCAGAGCCUGGAAGUAAAGCACAAAGAGUAUUUAGAGGCUGUAGCCAGGCUGGAGCAGGACAAGGAUGACCUACGGAGAGGAGCUGCUCUGCUGGAAGAGCGACUCUCUGCCUUAAAGGAGGAGCUGGCUGCAAAGGAAACUGCUGUGCAGGAGCUGGAAGUGACCAAGAUGACCUUGCUGGAGGAGAUGAGGACCACGAUGGUGGCCAAGAGCCAAGUGCUGGACCUGGAGGAGAAGGUGCAGCUGCUCACGGACCAGCGGGAAAGCCUGGGCCAGGAGCUGAGCAGCACCACCACGCAGCUGGAGAAGGAGAAGGCCAAAGUGGAGAGCAUGCUGAAGCAUGAGGAGUCCCUGCAGGCCAAGCAGAGGGCCCUGCUGCAACAGCUCGACAGCCUGGACCGGGAGCACGAGGAGCUGCAGGCCAGGCUGGGAGAGGCCGAGGAGCAGAAGGCCAAGCUGGCAGAGCAGCUGGAGGAGAGCCGGGAGCAGAGCGGGCAGCAGCUCCGGGUGCAGCAGGAGCUGCUGGACGCGCUGCGUGGGGAGAAGCUGACCCUGGAGCAGUCUGUGUCCGAGCUGCAGGCCAACGUCUGCAGGCUGGAGGAGCAGGCGCGGGAGCUGAAGGAGCGGGAGAAGCUCCUGGUGUUCUUCCCGGAGCUCCACAUCCCCGCGGAGACACAGUUUGAGAGUAAGGGAGAGGUCCUGGGGACACGCAGCACCUCGUGGUUCGAGAGGAAGGGAGAGGAGCAGCAUCCUUUGCCUUCCCCACAGUGGGCUUGUGCCCACGGGGUCUCGCAGGGGAUCCUGCCAGCCCUGGACACACCAGUGAGGGGCUCUGGGGCUGCCCUGACCUGCUGCUACCGUCUUCACACACCGCCCUGCACGGCUGCUGUUUGUCCCACCUCUGGGCCGGGAAACAAAGCCGUGCCAGGACAUAGGCAGAGGGUUUUUUUGCCCUCAGCUGGCACAGUUUUGGGUCCCAGCUGCCACCUCCCAGGCUGUGCUGGUGCUCCCCAAUUGGGACAAGCUCCUUUCCAGCGAACAGCCACCCUGCUCGGGAGGGAGGGAAGGAGGGAGGGAGGAGAGCUGCUCCCAACACCUCCCAGCAGCAGGCUGAGCUCCAGCUCCUGCCACGGGGACAUUGUAUUUUGUUCACAGGCACCGGGAGCUUGACCAAGGACAUGGAGAAGCAGCUGCAGGCCAACAGCAUCCGGAUGGGCGUGCUGGAGCAGGAGAACGUGCGGCUCAGGGCGGCACUAGCCAAGGUGAAGUCAGCUGCUGAGCAGGGAGUG